UUUGCAAGUCAAUAUCCAUUUUCACUGCCCUAGACCCCGUUGACAAAAACAAAAAACUUCUUUAGGAUAGACGUGUGAAAAGUUUUUUUGUUUGUAAUUAAAUCCUUAAGAAGGUUUUUGUUUGGACCAUUAAUUAGAAGAACGCCUAUGAUAGACGUGUGACAAGUUUGGACCAUGAAUUGGUAGAACUUGGUAUUAGGAGCUAUACCAUUCCAGAUUGAAAUUUUGGGAUGGCGAAUGAAUUCAAUAUUAUCCUGAUACAGAUGAAAGAAAAAAACUUUCCCUAUCCUAUUUGUUACAGGAAAAGGUUUCUAGAACUUUCCCUUUUCUAUCUGUUAUAGGUCAGACCAAAAAAAAACCUAUUCCUACUUGAUACAGGGGCCAUCAGCCAACUUUCCUUUUUCCUAGUAUGAGUAUGUUUCCCAAUACGAGAAAAAAGAAAAAGAAAAUAUAAUUCGUCUCCUUUUCCUAAAAGGACAAGGUGUUACGAGUAGACUAUAAAAUCACCCCAAAGUCUCUCAAUCUUUGCAACUCAAAUCACUCAAUCCUUCAACUUCCAUAGCCAGAAACGAAAAACUCUCCCAAGUUCUCAACUCAAAGUCUUAGUUAAUAUUACAAAGACCAAAACAAUGGCCUCCGUUGAGAUGAAGAAGAUAACCCUGAAGACCAAGGAUGGUGAGAUCUUCGAGGUGGAGGAGGCUGUGGCCAUGCAGUCGCAGACCAUCAAGCACAUGGUGGAGGACAACUGUGCCGACGGCACGAUACCUCUGCCGAAUGUGACCAGCAACAUCCUAGCGAAGGUGAUCGAGUACUGCAGGAAGCACAAUGAAGAGGCCGCUGAUGGCGAGAACAAAGAGGACAUUCUGAAGAAGGCCACCGAUGGCGACAACAAAGAGGACAGUCUGAAGGACUGGGACGCUAAGUUCAUGACGGUGGACCAGGAAACUCUGUAUCACCUAAUCAUGGCUGCAAAUUAUCUCGACAUCAAGAGCCUGCUGGAUUUGAUCGUCCAAACUGUGGCGGACAUGAUCAAGGGAAAGAUGCCUGAAGAGAUCCGUGAGACCUUCAAAAUCAAGAAUGACUUCACACCUGAGGAAGAACAGAAGAUUCGAAUGGAGAACCAGUGGGCAUUCGAGUGAGAGAGUUAGAGAUCCCCUUACAUACAUGUUAUUAUUACAUAAUUUGACAUUUUGUCUACUAUUUUUCUUCUAGUUAUAAUUCAACUGUUCUUUUUUAAAUAAUUUUUUUUGUUAGGUGAUUGCUUAGAUGUAACCGAGAUUUCUGCAAAACCUCUUUUGUCAAAUAUUUCUAUCUA